AUGGCGGCGAUCUCGCAGUUGCAGCGCAUCGCGGGGCCGGGCCAUGCCGGGGCGCCGCGGCCGGGAACUGUGAGGCGCGCCUCGGUCGCGGUCGCCGCGGGCAAGGCGCCGUUGCCGCGGCUGGAGGGCGCCAGCGAGGAGCUGAGGGCCGCGGCGGCGCAGAGCCUCGACUGGGCGCCGGCGCGCCGGCGCGUGCGCGGCGCCUUCGCGCCCGUGCUCCCCACGCUCGACCACUGCCUGUUCAAGAUGGCGCCCAAAGGAAUCCAGAUGGGGGAGAAUUUUGAGACCAAUUCAAAGGGAGUUGAAAUAUUCUGGAAGAGUUGGCUGCCUAGGGAGGGCACUCCCACCAAGGCAGCGCUUUUCUUCUGCCAUGGGUAUGGAGAUACCUGCACUUUCUUUUUUGAAGGGGUCGCUAAGAGAAUAGCCGCUGCUGGAUAUGCAGUAUAUGCUAUGGAUUAUCCUGGUUUUGGAUUAUCGUAUGGUCUUCAUGGCUACAUCGCAAGCUUCGAUGGGAUGGUGGACCAUGUCAUUGAACAAUAUGCGAGAAUCAGAGGAAGGAAAGACGUGCAAGGGCUCCCAUACUUUCUCUUGGGGCAGUCAAUGGGAGGUGCGGUUGCUCUGAAAGUACACUUAAAGCAACCAAAAGAAUGGGAUGGAGUGCUUCUUGUUGCGCCUAUGUGCAAGAAGAUGUAA